AUGUUCGACUUCGACCGUAUCAAGCCGCUUGUUAAAUCGGCCCUCGCCGACAUUCCUGAUGACAUACUCAUCUGGAUUCAUGUCUAUCGUGCCGUCACCGAAUCUACCCCGCCUCCCCGACCUAUAUCUUCGUCUAUCCAACAAACACCGUGGAGCCAGAAUACAAGCGGCUUCGUGAACUCGUCGGAAUUCCGCCAGAAUGUGGACCCGAUCCUCAAGUUGGAGCUCGAACGUCUCUAUGUCGGACUUCCCAAGUUCCACCAAACCUUCUUUGCAGACGUGCCAGACCUAGACAUGGUUUCUGAGGCCGUCUUCCGCAGGUGUAUUGAAGGCGAUAAUCCACUCUUUAAAGAGGGAUGGAGUGGAUGGCCUGCAGGCGCCAGAGAAAACGACGUACUGUCUUGGUUUGGCAGCUUAAUCCCGAAGCUGGAAGCGUUCGCCAGCAAUCGCACUCCGACUCCGGCGCCACGGCGAAAGCUGUUGGCACAGCCGAGGACACCACUGCAGGGCUCCACAGGCAAACGCAGCCUUGAUAUCGGCUUUGUCAAUAGCGACAUCACGUACAAGCCUGACUCUGAGGAUUCGAGAUAUCGUUGGUCUCACAUCCUUGUUGCUGGCGAACUGAAAAGCAACCCGAAGGCCGACACAUCAUCAAUUGCGUGGAUUGAUCUCGCAAGCGUUCCUCCUGCAUUGUUGGUCGAGCAACAACGUGUUGGAAAGCCCAUUGGGAAGAAGACCCUGGACGCCGCUCGUUAUCAAGGACUCCUGGCAGUACACGGACCGAGACGAAGAGGUAUACUUGAAGAAGCGACUGAGAAAGGCGUCAUCAAUAUUGCCCGAUACUACCAUCACGAGACCGUUCGCGUCCACGGGAUUGGACAUCACCAAAGCCACGAAUUAUCGACCAGGACGUGCGAUGUUGCCGGCGGCGGCGCGUCCAUUGUGUCGCGCAAACAGUUAAGCAGCGGCGCCGGCGUGAAGCGACCGUCCAGCGAAACUGACGCCGCUCUGCCGCCGAGCAAACGAUCCGUUUCAACAUCUCCGGUCAAGGCAAGCGUCAAAGCCCUGUCAAACCGUGUACACCGGCGGGUCAUUCUUCGUGACUAUGGAAAACCGAUAUACAAUGCAAGUUCACCCGUGGCGCUACUUGCAGCGCUGGAGGAGCUGCAUAAAGGUCACCAAUCCUUGUAUAAAGCGGGCUUUCUUCGCGAGAGACAUCUCCAUCAACAAUCUCAUGAUCAAUGA